AUGAUUCACAUUAUUGGCAUGGAAAUAAUUCAAAUUCAUAUGAUUUUUAUGGUUCAACAUUCAUCUCAUACACUUUUACAACAAAAUGGUUUUAUUCAACAAGUUUAUCUUAAAUAUAAACAAGAAUGUCUUGAUGCAUUUUUAAAAUAUUCUCGACAAAAACUAAAAAUCAAUCCAAAACUUGAAGAAAUUUUAAAAAACUAUAGAAAUCUUGAAGAUUUUCGUGUUGAUGGUGCAUCAUUUCCACAACAAUUUUUUCCAACAAAAUCAAAUUAUACAUUCGAAGCAAUUGCUGCUGCAGUAGCAAAGAACAGUGAUACAUCAAAUUCAUUAAAACCCAAUGGUGAACAAUAUCUGAACGGUGCUCAUAUUUUUUCAAGUGGAUUUCGAUUUAUUGUUUUAGGAAGAAUUAAUAUUGGUUUAGGUAUUGGUGGUGGUGUGAUUAAUUGUAUGCUUUAUAAUGUUGAUGAUGGUCAUCAAGAUGUUAUUUUUGAUCAUUUUCAAAGUGUUAAACUAGAUGUUAUUGAAGAAGGAACUCAUUUUAUGAUUUCAUGGUUUCAUAGACCAAUUAUAUUUGAUAUUCGUACACGACCACGAUCUGUUCCAUCAAUAACAGAAAUAAAAGAUAUAAAAGCUAGAAGAAAACAGUCAACUUCAGGAGAGAGUUUUAAAGUCUGUUGUACUAAGUCUCAAUUUGAUGCUAUUGAAUUGAUUACACAACGUACACUUAUUUCUCAACGUGUUAGUGAAUUAUUAACAGAACAUGCUGCUCAAUUUGGUUUAUUACUUGAUGAUAUUUCAAUUAUAAGAUACGAUAAAAAAGAGUCUCGAACACAUUUAAGUUUUAGACCUGAAUUCACAAGUGCUGUUGAAUUAAAACAAGGUGCACAACAAGAUGUUGGAAAACAACGGUUUUUAGUUGAAAAAACGGAACAAAGUCGUCGAGCAAAUGUUAUUGCAGCAGAAGGUGAUACUCGUGCAGCUGAUUUGAUUGGCAAAGUUUUAGAUGAAGCUGGUGAUGAUUUGAUCGAACUUCGACGAAUUGAAGCCACUGAAGAUAUUGCAAAUCAAUUAUCAAAAUCAAGAAAUAGCGUCUAUUUACCACAUGAUCCUCAAAUAUUACUUAACAUUACUGGUGCUAUGCAAUAA